AUGGCAAAGUCAAAGGCCGGCUCGUCGGCUUCGCGCGCCGCAGCGGCGGCGGCGGAUGAGAGCGGACACUCCUUCGGCCCCGGCGACAUCGUGAUGGCCAAGGUCAAGGGCUACCCGGCGUGGCCUGGUGUGAUCUGCGACGAGAAGAACGUGCCCUCCAAGGUGCGCGCUCAGAAGACGAUCAAGAGCGCCUUCACUGUGCGCUUCUUCCCGCAUGCCGACUACAACUGGUUCAAGGCACGCGACAUGACGCUGCUGACGCAGCGCGAGAUCCGCGCGUACCUCGACGACCCGCAUAAGAAGCAGGCAGACCUGCGCCAGGCGUACAAGGUGGCGCUCGACCCGCACGCCUGGGUGCAGGAGCAGGACGAGAUUGUGGCGGCGGCGGAGCGCGCAGCAGAGGAUGAGGAGGAGGGCGUGGAUGAGCUGGAUGGCGAGGAGGCCGACGAGGACGACGUGCGUCCGGCAAAGGGCGGCAAGCGCAAGCGCGCAUCGGAGGAGAAGGGCGGCAAGGUGCGCGAGAGCGCCGACACCAAGGCCAAGAAGAAGAAGAAGCUUGAGGCGGCUGAGCCGAAGAAGAGCGCCGCCAAGGCCAGCGAGGAGCGCGGCACAUCAGCUGCGGCCCGCAAGACAGAAGACGAGGCCGACGGACAGGACCCGGAGAUGAAGCGGGUGUACGGCUGGCGCCACGCGCUGCAGCGCGGCUUCCUGCCCAAGGACGGCAAGAUCAAGGAGGAGGACAUGCCGACACACGACAAGACGUUCAGUGCCGUCGAGGCGCACAAGAGCAUGACGGAGGAGCAGCUCAAGGAGACGAAGAUCGGCAAGGUGAUGAAGCGCAUUGCCGGCCUUGCGGACGUUCCGCGCGACGCCGACUUCGACUUCACGGGCCGUGCGGCGGCGCUGUGCAACACGUGGGGCGAGGUCAUGGCUGGCGCUGCGGCGCCCGCCGCCGCUGCGGCGCGUGCCACGUCGGCCAAGCAGGAGGGCAGCAGCAGCAGCAGCAGCAAGCACGACUCGUCGGAGGCUGCUGCAUCAAGCGACGCCAAGGAGGCGCCGAGCCAGGAUGCCAGCAAGCCGGCGGCCGCGGCGACGAACGGCUCGGCCGCCGCCCCGUCGUCGUCGUCGGACGACGCGCCGGACGCCGCGGCUGCUCCGGCCGACGCGGCGCCGGCGGCAGAGGCCAGCGCCAACAGCGACGCUCCGUCGAGCGAGGCUGCUGCGGCGGCGCCAUCCAAUGGCGAUGCCGCGCCGGCCAGCGUCGGACAGGACGACUAAAGGAGAGAGCCGACAGCAAGGCGCGCGCCUGGGCCGCCGAUUCCAGGCGGCGGCAAGCAGCGCCAACGCGCAGCACUCGCACUCCCUCUCUUCGCUCCAGCCGUGAUCCCGUGUACUCGUUCCCUUCCCUUUCCUCGCUCGGUCCCUUCGUUUGCACGCCUGUUUGCCCUCUUGGCGUCUGUCUCGCCCCCCCCUCUGCCGGUGCAGCCCGAGCGCGCGCACACGCGCGAGACGCUCUGCAAGCCCUGCCCCGCUCUGCCAGGGCAAGCGGCCCGCCAUCAAUGCAAAUGCAUCGUCCUACUCUGCCUC